GUGAGAUGAGUAGGCACGCAUGCGCGUAUCCGUAAUGGACCGGGCAGGGUCAUGGAUCUUCUGUCCGGACUGUUGAACCGAGUCUGGCCGCCUGUCAAUGAUAAAAGGAGCAAAAAGAUGGAGGAGAAAGCGCUGGAGGUGUAUGAUGUGAUCCGAACCAUUCGUGAUCCAGAGAAGCCCAACACUCUGGAAGAGCUGGAUGUGGUGACGGAGAAAUGUGUGGAGGUCCAGGAGCUCGGAGAUGAUGAAUAUCUCAUUAUUAUCAAGUUUUCUCCAACCGUACCACAUUGUUCACUGGCCACUCUGAUCGGUCUUUGCUUACAAGUGAAACUUCAACGCUGUUUACCGUUCAAACACAAGUUGGAGAUUUACAUAACUGAGGGAACGCAUUCGACUGAGGAAGACAUUAAUAAACAGAUCAAUGAUAAAGAACGUGUAGCGGCCGCCAUGGAGAACCCAAACCUGCGGGAGAUGGUGGAACAAUGUGUGACAGAACCAGACGAUUAAACCCGUUUAACUUCACUUCUGCCUCUCAGAUUAUCAGACAAUAUCAGUCUUCAACUCUUAGAAGUCAUUUCAGACUUGACUCAUUUCAUCUUCAGUCUCUCAUUUAGUCUCUCCAUGUGCUUGUUUGUUCAUUUGUUUAUUCUUGAGAAGAACUUUCUUUCUGUCUGUGCUUCAGGAUAAACAACCAACUGUUAUGAUUAUAAAGAAAGCAUACAUAAAGCUUCUUAUAUAAUCUGAUUCUCAUAUAUUUUAAGAUUAUAUGUAAAAAAAGGAACUAGUUUUUAAUGAUAUUUGUAAACCUAUAUAAGGAUGAGUGUAAAUAAUUUGAUUUUGUAAGUGAAAGUCUAUAUUUGUAGAACUUCAGAUCUUACAAAUAAAACUCUCAGAGAUGUGA